AUGCGUAUGGGAUCAAAGGAAACACAGGGAUCUGAAGCGAAACCAGGGUCAAGUGGAACAGUAAGCACAACGGGCUUACAUGCAACAACUAAUUUAGAGGAAGUAAAGGAAAUAAAGGCAGCUAAUGACAUGUUCACGACUUUCCAGGCUCUAAAUUGCAUUGGUAGGUUGAUAUGUGCAGUCAUAACUACGCUUAUCGCACGCAAAGUCUUAUUAGGAUAUUAUGGCUGGCGUACGUCGUACGUUGUGUUGGGAUACGUGUGGAUAUUAUUUGCUAUAAGCAUUGUAUUUGGAUUGCAAGGUGAUUUUAAGAAAUCUGAAAAACCUUUGCAAAAUCUUAUAAUGGAAGCCUUUGGACAAGUUUUUGGGACUGCAACAGCUGGUAUAUCCAUAUUUACAAUAUUCAUCGCAGAAGCCCCUAUGUGCGCAUUUUCUUAUAUGACAAUAUAUCUUCAGUAUUUGGGUGUGUCUGAUACAAUGGCAGGCGUAGCGAUUGCUGUUACACUGAUUGGAGGAGCGGUGGGUAGUGUGGCUGGUGGGAAGGCAAUAAAGGCAGUUGCCAAACUGUCGAGAGAAUAUGGUGAACCUGCUUCCGGAUGCUUAGUGAUGAUUAUCCGAUAUGUUGUGUGCUUAUUGUUCUUUUUAGGCCCAGCGCCGCAAGGGAAGCUGCUUUGGUAUCAUUACGUAGAGUUGGCAGUUCUUGGGGCAACAUUAGUGUCGGUUGGUGGUGUUGAUAGAUCUGUUAUGAAGAAUUCGAUCAGCUUAGAACUUCAGGCCACUGCAUCUGCCAUAAUUCGAACCAUAUCCGGUAUUGCAAGCAGUGUAAUAUUAUACCAGGUUUCCGCCUAUUUGUCUGAGAAAGUGUUUGGCUACGUCCCAUCUAGGGAGUCGUUUGAAACCAUGGAUGCCAUUGUUAAGGAAACAAAUGUCAAUGCUUUAAGGAAAUCAAUGAUGUACAUUAUUUUGGCGGGCACAACCCUGAAUCUGGUUUGCUAUGUUGUUUGGUUUGUUACUUAUGAAGGUGAUAGAAAGGAUAAUAACGCGAAUCAAACACAAGCACAGCCCGCUCCCCUAUAA